CAUCAGCCUCAGGGCAACAGCUCAUUUUGGAGCUCAGAUUUAAGUUGUAAAAUAAAACUUGAAACUAAAAAAAAUCCAUCUGAAAGCCGUACAAGCAUUCCUACCAUCCCUUUUUCUUUUUUUUUUGCUUCAGGCUUAUUUAAUCAUGGCUGGUUAUAAUGAGAAAAGCAAAAAGUGCUCGCCAGUCCUUUUUGAAAAAAAAUGUACUCAGACAUGUGUUCCAUUUACAUAGAACUGCAACUGGUUUGAGUUUUAUAUCUGCUGUGGGAAAAAACUAUAUCCUGUAGAAGCUACAGUGAAUCCCAUCUUUUUGAGCAUUUUGUUUUUUUGGGACUGCUGCUGAUGGCGUACCAAAGGUCUUGUUUUGUUUUUUGUAGAUUUUAGCCUCGGGAAAAUGAUUAACCAGCCAACAACAACCAGGACGAGAGUUGAAGUGUCAGUGUGUACAUGACAGGAAGGUGAAGGUCUGGACGAGGGACAGUCAGAGAUAACACAGUUCAACAAAGACAGCAGAGCAUCUGAUCAUGACAGAAGAGGCACAAAGUGACAGAAACAACAAUGUGCUGCAACUGUAGUGUGUGUCGUCCAACUUCCAAGUGGGUCUAAGGAAAGUGAUUUCCAACAGGGAGCGCAGUGAGCUGAUCGAACAGCCAAGGGACUGGAGUACAUCUGUAAAAAUAGCAGCAGAAACUGUUGUAAGUGUGCGUUUGGUUCUGUUGGUUCUAAUGCAGGCGGCACAGUGAGAGCAGACGGCAGCGACACACCAGCCUCCUCCACCAUGUCCAGGUCUGAGGACGCAGUGUGAGCCUGGUUCUGCCGGCAGACGGUGGGUCUUUGUUUCCUGCUGGAGGAGCACAUGCUGGUUGAACAGGAACCCCGGUGGCUGUAGGAGCUGCAGCCUCGGCCGCCUCUUCAUCGUCCUGUUCCCUCCUCAUCCUCAUCAGCUGCAACUUCAGCUCCUGUAGCAAAAGAACAGAAUCCAAAUCCUCCACUGGUCGUCCCGACGUCUGGUCAUCCAUAACCUGCUGCCAUCUUCAGCUGUUGUCAUGGCCUCUGCUGCUCUGGAGCUGAUGGGCUUCUUCCUGGGCCUGCUGGGGAUGCUGGGUACUCUGGUGGCCACCGUGCUUCCGUACUGGCAGAUUUCAGCCCACAUCGGCUCCAACAUCGUGACGGCCGUGGCCAACAUGAGGGGCCUGUGGAUGGAGUGCGUGUACCAGAGCACCGGAGCCUUCCAGUGUGAGACCUACAACUCCAUGCUGGCCCUGCCCUCAGACCUGCAGGCCUCUAGAGCCCUCAUGGUCAUCUCUUUGGUGCUGUCUGUUUUUGCCAUCGCCAUGUCGUCCCUGGGGAUGCAGUGCACCGUGUGCCUGGAGGGCACCGGUGCCGUCAAGAGUCGCAUGGCGGGUGCUGGAGGCGGCCUGUUCCUCGCCGCCGGCUUCCUGGCGCUCAUACCCGUGGCGUGGACCACUCACGAAGUCGUCCAGACCUUCUAUCGACCCAACGUGCCCGCGAGCAUGAAGUUUGAGCUGGGGGAGUGCCUGUACGUGGGCCUGGCCUCCGCGCUCAUCUCCAUGUUGGGAGGGGGGAUGCUGAGCGUGUCGUGCUGCGAGGAUCAGGACGGAGCCCGCGGAAGAGGGGCCGGAGGCGGGUAUCCAUAUCCGGUAGGUAAUGGUUUAGCGGGCGCAGGGCCGCGGACGACCUCACAAAUGUACCGCAACCCCACCCUGCAGGCAGGGGGCGUCAACACGGCCAGCAGAGGCCCCACCCUGGUCCGCAGUACCAGCAACAGCUCGCACUCCAGCGCACAUGCAGCCCAGGGAGCCAAAAAGCCCACAGCGGCAGGAUAUGACAUCACAGGGUACGUCUGACAAUGGCGACAGAUCACCGCAAUCAGCUGAUGAGUUCCUCACACAUCAUGUGACACGUCAGCCUGUUCGGACUGACUCUGAAACAUUUCAUUUCAUAUGUUAGAGGGUCUUUUUCUGAAGCUCUUUGAACUCUUCUCAAAUAUAAAGGACAGGUGUCAAACAUGCGGCCCGGGGGCCAAACCUGGCCCACCAAAGGGUCCAGU